GCCAUCUUCCUGCGGCGCGUUGCGACAUGGAGGGCGCGAUGGCAGUGCGGGUAACGGCCGCGCAUACGGCAGAAGCCCGGACCGAAGCCGGGCAGGAAGCGGGCGAGGGCGGGGUCGCGGCGGCGGCGGCGGCGGCCUUGGCCCCCGGUGGCUUCCUCGGCCUCCCGGCGCCCUUUAGCGAGGAAGAUGAAGAUGACGUGCACCGAUGUGGCCGCUGCCAGGCGGAGUUCACCGCCUUGGAGGACUUUGUUCAGCACAAGCUUCAGAAGGUCUGCCAGCGGGUGCCCCAGGAGGCCCUGCCUGCCACCACUGCUGCUGCGCUGCUGGGUCAGGAGGUGGAGCCAGCAGCAGCAGGCUCAGAGGAGCCCAUCACUGUGGCCCACAUCGUGGUGGAGGCAGCCGCUCUCACGGCAGACAUCAGCCACGCUCCUGACAUUGUCGGUGGUGGACACAUCAAAGAGGUCAUCGUGGCCUCUGAGGCGGAGCCGGGGGACAGCGGGAUGGCAGAGGCCCGGGGCAGCCCCAACCGUCAGGGGCCUGGGCUCUCUGGGGAGGGUGAGCAGGCCCAGGUCAAGCUGCUGGUGAACAAGGACGGCCGCUAUGUGUGCAUGCUGUGCCACAAGACCUUCAAGACGGGCAGCAUCCUUAAGGCCCACAUGGUCACCCACAGUAGCCGAAAGGACCACGAGUGCAAACUGUGUGGGGCCUCCUUUCGGACCAAAGGCUCACUCAUCCGGCACCAUCGGCGGCACACAGAUGAGCGCCCCUAUAAGUGUGCCAAGUGUGGGAAAAGCUUCCGCGAGUCGGGUGCGCUGACCCGGCACCUCAAGUCUCUCACCCCGUGCACGGAAAAAAUCCGCUUCAGCAUGAGCAAAGAUGUGGUUGUCGGCAAAGAGGACACUCCCACAGGGCCUGGUGCGUCCACCGUGGGGACUGUUACAUCAUCGGCAAUGACAGGCGGGCCCAUGGAAACUUCGCCUGUGAUUCACCUGGUGACAGAUGCCAAGGGCACUGUCAUCCACGAAGUCCAUGUCCAGAUGCAAGAGCUUCCCCUGGGCAUGAAAGCCCUCACCCCAGAGGUGGGGACAGGUCAGGGGAGGCCUUUGUCUGCUCAGCACCAGGCUCUGUUCUGGCCCCCCGGCCCCGAGGAGCUUCCCUGUUCCAGCGAGGGCAGCCGUGAGAACCUGCUGCACCAGGCCAUGCAGAACUCCGGCAUUGUCCUUGAGCGGGUCCCUGGGGAGGAGGGAGCCCUGGAGCCAGCCCCUCCCACUGUGUCCAGUCCCCAGCCCCUGGGAGAUGGUCCCCCAGAACUGCCGCUGCUGGAGGUGGAACAGGUGGAGACACAGGUGGCCAGUGAGGCCUCAGCUGUGCCCAGGACCCACCCAUGCCCUCAGUGCAGUGAGACCUUCCCAACGGCGGCCACCCUGGAGGCCCACAAAAGAGGCCACGCAGGGCCGAGGCCAUUCACAUGCCCGCAGUGUGGCAAGGCCUUCCCCAAGGCCUACCUGCUCAAGAAGCACCAGGAGGUGCAUGUGCACGAGCGCCGCUUCCGCUGUGGGGACUGCGGGAAGCUCUACAAGACCAUCGCCCAUGUCCGCGGCCACCGGCGUGUCCACUCAGAUGAGAGGCCCUACCCCUGUCCCGAGUGUGGCAAGUGCUACAAGACCAAGAAUGCCCAGCAGGUGCACUUCCGGACACACCUGGAGGAGAAGCCGCACGUGUGCCCAUUCUGCAGCCGAGGCUUCCGGGAGAAGGGCUCGCUGGUGCGGCACGUGCGGCACCACACGGGCGAGAAGCCCUUCAAGUGCUACAAGUGCGGCCGCGGCUUUGCCGAGCAUGGCACGCUCAACCGGCACCUGCGUACCAAAGGGGGCUGCCUGCUGGAGGUGGAGGAGUUGCUGGUGUCCGAGGAGAGCCCCGCAGCGGCCGCCGCCGUCCUCGCCGACGACCCACACACCGUGUUGGUCGAGUUCUCGUCCGUGGUAGCCGACACCCAGGAGUAUAUCAUCGAGGCCACUGCGGAUGAUGCAGAGACCAGUGAAGCCACGGAGAUCAUCGAGGGCACCCAGACGGAGGUGGACAGUCACAUCAUGAAGGUAGUGCAGCAGAUCGUGCACCAGGCCAGCGCCGGGCACCAGAUCAUCGUGCAGAAUGUGACCAUGGACCAGGAGGCAGGGCUGGGCACAGAGGCAGCUGCUGCCGACACCAUCACUAUUGCCACCCCUGAGAGCCUGACGGAGCAGGUGGCCAUGACGCUGGCCUCGGCCAUCAGCGAGGGCACUGUGCUCACGGCCCGCUCGGGUACAAAUGGUGCUGAGCAGGCCACCGUGACCAUGGUAUCAUCGGAGGACAUUGAGAUCCUGGAGCAUGCGGGAGAGCUGGUCAUCGCCUCGCCAGAGGGCCAGCUUGAGGUGCAGACGGUCAUCGUCUAACACGGGCGCCUGCAGGGUCCCAGGGGGCUGGGCUGGGGCAGGGGGCGAGGACCCCGAGCGCCCUGCCCCUGCCUGCCUGGCCGAGUACAGAGAAGAUGGGCAUAGAACUCAGGUGUUCAGAGGAGAUGCGGAAGUGUAAAUACACAGAGUUUUUGGUUGCUUUACAAUAAAACAUGAAAACCC